AUGGCAAGUUUGGUGUUCCCAGAUUUCAAUCAUGGUGUAGCAUUUUUCCGAGAGGUUGCUCGACAGAGAAUACAGCCAGCUUCGCUACGAUUGGUGGACAACACACAGUUCAUCAUGGGACAGGCCCUAAGGCUGGCAUCGAAUUCAUACUGGACCGCGCUGAAGCACUCCAUGGGACGAAUGUAUCUCACCAAGUGGAGGAAGUUCCAUAUAGAUGAGAUGUGCGCUGCUACUUGUGUCUUCGAAGGUACUGCAGAUGAGGUGAACAACGAGGAAAAAAGGCUGUACGCUCUGGCCGAGAAAUACGAGGGUGUGGUAGGAGGCGAAGAGAAUGGCAAGUAUGGAUAUCGAUUAACAUUUGCCAUAGCUUAUUUGAGAGACCUUGGCAUGGAAUACGGAGUGCUUGGAGAAUCGUUUGAAACGUCCGUACCAUGGGAUAAGGUCAGUCUAUGUCGAAACGUCAAAGAACUUAUUAAACGACAAGCGAAAGCCCUCGGAGUACAGUAUCCAGCAUUGUCAAGUUGCAGAGUAACCCAAGUAUACGACGCUGGAGCAUGUGUCUAUUUCUAUUUCGGGUUCAACGGUCGUGGAUUGAGCAAUCCUUUGGAAGUCUACGAUAAGAUUGAGACAGCUGCUCGAGACGAAAUCAUCGCCUGUGGUGGCAGUAUAUCACAUCACCAUGGGAUAGGAAAAUUGAGAAACAAUUGGAUGCUCACAUCUCAAGGCGCCGUAGGAGUAUCGCUACUGAAAGCAAUCAAGGUUUGUAAAGCGAUCUUCUAA